AUGACGGAGUGCUUUGUGGAAACACAAAAUGCGAUUCUAACCCACUUUGAAGAACAACAAGAAUCCCAUAAUUUCAACUUCGAAGCAUCAAUGGAGGAUUCCUAUGAGGCGCUAACUCACUCUAGGUUAGAAUAUAUGAUGGAGCACUUUGUGGAGACCCAAACUGUCCAAAAUGAAGAUCUUAGAAAACAAAGUCUCCAAAUUAAUGAAUCCCUUAGGCAACUGAUAACUGUGGUUGAGUCUCUAUUGACUCACAACGAGGCCGUGGCGAGUCAAAUCUCCAUGCUUGAACAAAAAUAUCUAGGACCCUUCCUUGAGGAGCAUGUGGAUAUUGUAACAACCAGUAGUGAACAACAAAGUGAAAGUCCUAAGGAGAGUCAUUAUGAGUUUGACGAGAGUGAUGAAGAGUUUGACGAAAGUAAUAUCGAGAUUGAGGAGAGUUUCGGUGAGAAGAGAGUAAUGACUAAGGAAGAUCCACCAACACCAUCCAAAAGGGAGGAUGUAGAAGAGAUUGAGAAGGAAGCACCUAUUGUAGUUCCUCCUCCCUAUACCCCACCGAUUCCUUUUCUGAAAAGUUUUAUGGAAGCUACGAUAAACUGUGUGAAGAGAGCCUUUGACAAGAAAGUCAGACCUCGAAGAUUCAAGGAAGGCAAUCUCGUGCUCAAGAAGAUAUUAACUCUUCAACCUGAUCUCAGGGGAAAAUGGACUCCCAAUUAUGAAGGCCCAUACGUCGUCAAGAAUGCCUUCUCAGGUGGUGCUUUGACUCUUACGACUAUGGAUAGCGAAGAAUUCCCAUGUCCCGUGAAUACCGAUAUGGUCAAGAAAUAUUUCGCCUAA